GGAUGCCUCGAACCUGCCUGGUCCCCGCAUUUGGAACGGGGGGGGGGGGGGGGGGGCUCGUCCCUACACCGUUGAGGGCCAUGGCGACAGAGAAGGUUGGCGAACGAAAGUAGGUGGGCACACGGGUCGCCCUCGACCCCGAAAGCCUUCUGCUGGGAGUGGGCCACCCGGGAACCCACCUUUUAGAAGGUGAGCCGGGUGCCGCCAGUUGCGCAGGGCCCGCGGCCCGCCCCUCCCUAGGGGCGCGUGCGCGCGCGCGUGUCGCCGAGGUAACCGCGCGGCGGAAAGGCGCGGAAUCAGGGGCGCGCGUUGCCCCGGCUGCUGCUGCUGCGGAAGCUGCUGCGGGCGUCGGGCGGGGGUCCCGGGGCGGGCGUCCCCGUCGGACCGCUGCUGCCCACCCCGCGGACCCGGCUGCGCCGGGCGGGGCGCCGGAGCGGCGGCCGGGCUCGCGUGCGCGGCUGGAGGUUCCUGAGGCCGAAUCUGGUUCCUAGGAAACAUCAAAGGGAGCCUGCACCAGAGGCCUCUCAGGAUGUGCCCGGAAGCCUGCGUCCAUCCACUGUGUGGGAUGGAAUGAUACCCCCCAUGAGUGUGCUGUCUCCGUUGCUGUUUCUGGUGACCGUCGCAGGUGGGGCCCGCGGCCAGCGCGCUGACCGGAGGAAGCACGCCAACGGACCUUCGCCCGACGUGGAAACUACUAGAAUCCUGCGGGACCGCACGGGCGCUUGCUGUCGCCGGCCCGCCUGUGACCUGGCCUGGUGGGCGGGGGGUGUCGCGGGGGGGGGGGGGGUGCGCUGCUACCUGGUGAGCUGCCCACCUCGCUCAGAGAGCUGUGAGCCCCGCAGGGCGGGCCCCGUCGGGUCCCCGCUCACCUUUGUCCGGAGGCCCGGGUGACGGCUGCAUGGCGGGGAGACGCUGCUGACCGGGGACGCGGCGUCGGGACUCUGGGGGGAGGGACCCCCCCCCGAAGAUCUCGGAAAGGCCCCCUUCCUGGGCAGAGAGCGGGACACGAUGACUACGGGGAGCCCGGGCCUGACCCCCUUCGUGUCCCCCAGGAGGCAGGAGCCCCUGGGGGGGGGCGCCCAGGUGGGCCUCGACUCCUCCUCGGCUGGGGGCCCGCCGCUGAGGGAGCCCACAGGGACUCCGGCCCCCAGACACUCUUCCCGGAGCAGGCUGUUUCCCGCCUUCGUGAGGACUCCACCUGCAGGAGAGGAGUUGGGAAAGGAGACUUCUCCCACCCAAGAACCACCCAGCAAGAGCUCUGGAGACCAGUUGCUUGACUUUCAGGGCAAAGAAUCAGUAGAAACGAUGGUGAAACAACUGGUGUCCACUGGAGAUAAUCUAAUAACUUUACCAGAAAAUGAAGUUGAACUGAAGGCUUUUGUUGUGCCGGCGCCUCCCGCAGAGACCACGUACAGCUAUGAAUGGAGCUUGCUAAGCCACCCGGUAGACUACUGAGAUGAAAUAAACGGAAGACACAUGCAAAUGCUUAAUGUCUCUCAAAUAACAGGACUUGACGCGUUCAAAGUAGCGGUUUCCGGUGAAAAUGCCUUUGGAGAAGGAUACGUCAGUGUCACUGUUCGGCCAGCCAGAAGAGUCAACCUGCCCCCCACGGCAGUGGUUUCUCCCCAGAUGCAAGCGCUCACCCUGCCUUUGAUGUCAGCCUUCAUCGACGGCAGCCAUGGUACAGACGACAUGAGAAUAGUGAGUUACCACCGGGAAGGAAUUAAUGGCCCCUUCAGAGAGGAGACCCCCGCCAAGUCCCCCGUCUGUCUGUCUAACCUUGUUCCCGGAAACUAUACUUUCAGACAAGUGGUUCCCCCACCUUUACUAUUGACUGUUACAGACUCGGAUGGAGCCACUGACUCCACAACUGCAGUCCUCAUGGUCAGCGGUACUGUGGACCAUCCACCGGUUGCCAGCGCAGGACCAAAUCAAACCAUAACUUUGCCCCAAAACUCCAUCUGUUUGAAUGGAAAUUGGAACAGUGAUGAUCAUCAUAUUGUCCUCUGUGAGUGGUCCCUGGGUCCUGGGAGUGAGAGCAAAGAGGUGGCCAUGCAGGGCAUCGAGACACCAUACCUUCAUUUGUCUGAAAUGCAGGAAGGAAACUACACGCUCCAGCUGAUGGUGAGAGAUUCUUCAAGACAGCAGUCCACUGCUGUGGUCACUGUGACUGUCCAGCCUGAAAUCAACAGGCCCCCAGUGGCCGUGGCCGGCCCGGACAAGGAGCUGGUCUUCCCGGUGGGGAGCACCACUCUGGACGGCAGCAGGAGCAGAGACGACCAGGGCAUCGCCCUUUACCACCGGGAGCCCAUCAGAGGUCAAGCGGCAGUGGAGAUGGGGAAUAGUGACAAGGCUGUCGCCACCGUGAGCGGGCUUCCAGUGGGCAUGCACUGCUUCCACCUGACGGUGACAGGCCGGCGGGGGCUGAGCAGCGCCAGCAUACUCACUGUGGCCAUGAGGAAGGAAAAUAAUAGCACUCCCAGAGCCCAGGCUGGUGGCCGGAAUGUGCUUGUGCUUCCCAAUAACCGCAUUACUUUGGACGGUUCAUGGUCUACCGACGACCAAGGGAUUGUGUCCCACCUGUGGAUCCGGGAUGGCCAGAGCCCAGCCGGGGAUGCCAUUGGUGCCUCUGACCGCACCGCAGCCGUGCGGCUCACCAAUCUGGUGGAGGGCAUCUACACAUUCCUCUUGCAAGUGGCUGACAGCCAGGGGACCGCGGACAUGGACACUGCCACCGGGGAAGUGCAGCCGGACCCCAGGAAGAGUGGCCUGGUGAAGCUGGUCCUGCAGGUGUGCGUGGGGCAGCUGACGGGGCAGCAGAAGGACAUGCUCGUGAGGCAGCUGACGGCGGACGUUCAGGUCCAGAAGAUCCAGGCCCACUCGGGUCUCAGCACCGCGACUGUGUUUUCUGUACAGACCGGGCCGCCAUCCGUGGUUCUCGAAGCUGCCGACGUGGUGCGGGGUCUGCAUAGACAGCUCCCCGAGGAGAAGGAGGAUUUCUUGCUUUUCACAGUCUUGAGGGUUGACACAGCAGACUGCCUUCUGGAGUCCUCCGGCCACGGCCACUGCGACCCCGUCGCAAAGCUCUGUGUGUGCUCUCCACUGUGGGUGGAGAACCCGAUGGAAUGUUACUUCCAGGACAGGGAAAGCAACUGUGAGUGGAGUAUAGUCUCCAUAACCUCCGUGGUUCUCACCCUUCUGACACUAACAGGGGGCUUGUCCUGGCUUUGUAUCUUCUGCUGAAAGAGACGAGAGAGGACCGAAAUAAGGAAGAACACCAGGUAUGCCAUCCUGGAUAACAUGGAUGACCAGGACAGAACGGAGCUGAGGCCCAAAAACGGUAUCAAACACCGAAGCACGGAGCACAACUCCAGCCUGAUGGUGUCCGAGUCUGAGUUUGACAGUGAUCGGGACACAAUCUUCAGCUGAGAACGGAUGGAGAGAGGGGAUCCAAAAGGUUCUAUGAAUGGUUCCGUCAGAAAUGGGGCUUCCUUCAGCUAUGGCUCCGAGGACAGAUGACGGAGCGACCCUUAGGUAAAGUUAAACACGAAUUAAAGAGGGCUGAUUUCUCUUAGGAGCUGUGAUGGCCUUUCAGGACGACGUUCGGAACAUGCUUUCUCUGCCACACCCUGUGAUGUCGGAAGGAUCAUGUUUUUUACACCGAUCUUUAUCUUCGUUAAUGUGUGCCAUAACCUCGUGAACAGAGUUGCAUAAUUUUGUGCACGACCAGAAAUUUCUGGCACCGGGGAA